GCCGCCGCCUCUGCUGCUCCCCGCGGGCGACGCACACACCGCCUGAGCAUCGCGUCCGCCCGCCUCUGUGGACCAGGGAGCUGGAGCCGGUGCGGGUGCGGCCGCCAGCGCGACGUCGCAAGAUGACUGCGGGCCGACGCCACGGCAUCGCCGCCUCGUCUGCGUCUGCGAGCGUCGCGACGUCCCACCCGGCAAGCGGACUGCCUCUGCGCCCCUUGUGUAGCGAGCUGCACGGCGACUCGAACGUUUAGGAACGAUGCCCGCUACCGUGUGUCCAUUCUGCCUUGCCUUCUUCGCCACCGGCGUCGGCUAAGUGAGCUGAACACUUUUUUUUUACUUUUUUUUUCGUUGGUACUUGACGUGUGACACAUCAGGAGCGAGGUAAAUACUUUCUCUGCGCAAUUUUCAUACAAAACCGCUAAAGUACCAUCCAAAAAAGGGUAAAUUUACGCACUUUACAUAUUUUGUACUAUAAAAUAUAUAAAUAUAAAUAUAUAUAUAUAUAUGUAUACAUCUAUAAAUUUGUGAAAUAUUAGUAUCGGUGUUUAAUAUAUCGUUGUGGUAAAUGUUUCAAAUUUUGUGUGAUAUAUUCUUCGUGAGAAAACGUACAAGAUAUACUUCUCUAUUUUUCCGCAUAAACGUCAGAUCGGUGACCUAAGCUCCGUUAGGUGCAGUUCACAAAAGGACUAGCGGAGCUACUUUUUGGAGUUCAGAGGGUCACUUGUGUCUAUUUUUAAAGAGGGGAAAAAAUAAAGUAUUUAUUUGACGUCGUAGUGCCUAGAGAAUUUGUGUCCAGAAUAUUUUGUUAAGAGGUUUACUGCCAAAGUAGACGUCGUCUCGCGACUAUAUUUUUCGGAGACCGACCCGACAGGACACGCGUUUCCGACGUAGUGAGAAGGGGGAACUCGGUAGUCCCCCCCAGGAGAUGGCUUCACCGCAGGGCCGCAAAUCACUGCUGUCGCUCGGCAACUGGACGAACUUCAUGGGCAGGGACGGCCACAACAACAACAACAACAACAACAACAGCAACCACCACCAGCACCACGGCGUCAACAACAACAACAACGGGGGCGGCGGGGUGCGCAACGAGCGCAGCGGCAGCUCGUCGAGCCGCGACUUCUGGAGCCGCGUGUCGCAGCAGAUGUCCUACAUCGACGGCAGCACGCGCAGCAACUCCAUCCUGAGCACGGGCAGCGGCUACCAGCCGCAGGCGCUGCCGCCGCCGCCGCCGCUCCCGCACGCCCACCCCGCCGGCGCGCCGCACCACCAGCAACAGUCGUACGGUGGGGGCAGCACGACGAGUGGAGGCUGCUCGCCGCCCGAGUCGCGCGCCGGGGGCUCCAUCUACGAGAACUACUACCAGUACGCGGACAUCGAGGACGAGGAGGAGGAGGAGGAGGAGGAGGAGGACGCGGUGGGCGGGCGCAGCGAGGAGGCGCUCGAGCUGCAGCCGCUGAGCCGCGCCGCCACCUGCGCCUCGGUGCUGGCCGCCGGCUCCGCCUCCGCCUCGGCGUCGGCGUCGGCCGACUCGGCCAGCGUGCGCGGCGCGGGGACGGGCUGCGACGGCGCGCGCCACCAUCAGCACCACCAGCAGCACCAGCGGCCGCGGCCCGGCCGCCUGCGCAGGGUGCCCACCGUACUCAGCGCCACAGACCGCCGCCGCUCCACGGUGAGUUUCGGAGGUGAGGCAGACGUCCACAUACUCGUCGCCCAGAAACUGCUGAACUCACCUUCCCGGGCGGAUGCAGUUUGCGGCCAGAUGCAAGCAGUGAGCCCCAUUAUUGGAAUAUUAGCCGUUGCACGCGCCGCUGGGAGAGACGCCGCCGCAGCAGCCGGCAGCUCGGCUCAGCUAACGAGCUGCCGUGGCGCCACAGACGUCAUUUCCGGCGCCGCCUCUGACGUCAUGCGCCCGCCCUCCCAUUUCUGCCGGGGCGCGGGCGACGCUGAUCGUACCCGCCGGAAGCUGUCGGGCGUCUCCGGACCGCCGCUGCGCAGGCACUACGCUAAUUCAAUUAACUUCCGCUCUUCCGACAAGCGAACGUGCGUGUGA